CUUCCUGUAGCUUCUCCUGAUGCACUGACUUAGUUACAUUUUCAAUUGCUCCGUGCGAAGGGGACGGAAAGAUGUCAGGUGCUGGGGGAGGAAAACGUCCCUCAGGAGGGGACAGCCCCCCUGGCCCACCUGAGAAGAAGAGCAAAAAAGAGGAGAAGACCACCACCACUCUCAUCGAGCCCAUACGCAUAGCUGGAGUCUCCUCUACGGAGGAAAUGGACAUGAAGGUCCUCCAGUUCAAGAAUAAGAAGUUAUGUGAGCGCUUGGAGCAGAGGCAGACCAUGGAGGAUGAGUUACGAGAGAAAAUUGAGAAGCUGGAGAAGAGACAGGCCACUGAUGACACCACCCUGUUGAUUGUCAACCGCUACUGGUCACAGCUGGAAGAGAAUGUGCACAUUCUACGCAAACGUAUUGAACCCGACGCUCCGGUGACAUCUUCCCAAGCCCCACCAGCGCCCCCGCUCCCUGAACCAACACCUAUGGAGGAAGAUGGUGUCAGCCUGGCAUCACCAACCUCUGCCGUGCCUCCACCUCCACUCCCAGAGGCCCCAAACGAGGGAGAGCAGGCAGAGCAGCAGCAGCAGCAGCAGCAGCAGCAGCAGCAGCAGCAGCAGCAGCAGGAGGAGGAGCAUCAGGAAGAUCGUCAAGAAGAGCAGAAGCAGCCCCCUCCUCCUACUGGGUCAGAAGAGUUGUUGACACCCACAGAGCCACCAACAGACUCAGCAACAGAUGCAACACCACCCCCUGCUCCCCUAAGUGAGAAUGCCAAGGGUUUCUUAACUACGCUGGAGCACAGCAGCGAGGAGGAGCUCACCCUGCACCUGCAAGACCGCAUGCAGUUCAGCAAGGAAGCCAUCGCUUGCUUGGUCUGUGUGUUUGACAGGCUGCACAGCCGCAUCGACAACAUGUGCAAACAAGUCCAGGCUGCAGCAUGUGAAGACGAUAGCCAGUCUGACAUCAUCAAUGCAAACCAUACUCUGCUGGAGGAGAACAGUCGACUGCGAGACCUGGCCACUCUGCUGCAGGGCCGACACCACAAGAUGUCCAUGGAGUACAAUGAGUUGGUGGACAAGGUGACCAGCUCUGAGACCAAGGUGUCUGAGAUGGAGACAACCGUGGAGGACCUGCAGUGGGACAUUGAGAAACUCCGCAAUAGGGAACAAAAGCUCAACAAACAUCUGGCAGAAGCCAUGGAGCAGCUUAAGUCUGGAUACAGCAGCACCGGCAGCUCAGGUGGGCUACCAGGAGGCCAGAUUACACUGAACAUUCAGAAGUUUGAGAGUCUGAAUGCAGAGUUGGAGCACAACCAGGAGUUGGCUAAUAGUCGCAUGGCAGAGCUGGAGAAACUGCAGGUUGAGCUCCAGGAGGCCGUGAGGGAGAGCGAGAAGCUCAAGAUGGAUUUGCGGAAUAUUCCAGAGGAGGUUGUGAAGGAGACUCUAGAGUACAAAUGUCUGCAGUCGCAGUUCUCCCUGCUGUACAAUGAGUCCCUGGGGGUAAAAACCCAGCUGGAUGAGGCACGAGCCCUACUGCUCACUGCCAAGAACGCCCAUCUGCGACAGAUUGAGCACAUGGAGAGUGAUGAGCUGUCCCUUCAAAAGAAGCUGCGGACUGAGGUCAUCCAGCUGGAGGACACCCUGGCUCAGGUGCGCAAAGAGUAUGAGAUGCUGCGCAUUGAGUUUGAGCAGAACCUGGCAGCCAACGAACAAGCAGGACCAAUCAACAGGGAAAUGCGACACUUAAUCAGCAGUCUUCAGAACCACAACCUGCAGUUGAAAGGUGACGUUCAGCGCUACAAGAGGAAGUUGCGGGAAACACAGAUGGAGAUCAAUAAGUUGCGUUGUCAGAGUGGCGACACAGGGGUUCUGAUUCUGGAGGAGUCGACGAGUGACAGUAUCGACGUGAAAAAAGAGGAAGAUGAGGACCAGGAGGAGGAGGAGGAGAGGAGGAAGGAGCUGGAGAGACAGCGGGCCCGGGAGAGAGAAAGGGAGAGGGAGGCAGAGCGAGAACGAGAGAGGGAGCGGGAGAGAGAGAGGCAGCGCAGCGACGAGCUGAAGAGGAAGGACUCAGACACACUGAAGAUGCUCAGAGUAGAACUCAAGAAAGCCCAGGAGUCCCAGAAAGAGAUGAAGCUCUUGUUGGACAUGUACAAGUCAGCUCCAAAGGAGCAGAGGGACAAAGUGCAGCUCAUGGCAGCUGAGCGCAAAUCUAAAGCUGAGGUGGAUGAGUUAAGGAUGCGAGUGCGAGAGCUGGAGGAGAGGGAGAGGAAGGAAAGCAAGAAGCUGGCUGAUGAAGAUGCCCUCAGGAAGAUCCGAGUGGCCGAAGAGACCAUUGAGCAUCUGCAGAAGAAACUCGCUGCAACAAAGCAGGAGGAGGCCCUGCUGAGUGAGAUGGAUGUAACAGGCCAGGCCUUCGAGGACAUGCAGGAGCAGAACAGCCGCCUGUUGCAGCAGUUACGGGAGAAGGACGACGCUAAUUUCAAGCUGAUGAGUGAGCGGAUCAAAUCUAACCAGAUCUACAAGCUGCUGAAAGAGGAGAAGGAGGAGUUGGCCGACCAAGUUCUCACAUUCAAAACCCAGGUGGAUGCCCAACUGCUGGUUGUGCAGAAGCUCGAGGAAAAAGAGGGCGUCCUUCAGAGCACGCUCGCCGCUCUGGAAAAAGAGCUGUCUGUCCGGACACAAGCACUAGAACUCAACAAGAGGAAGGCAGUGGAGGCUGCCCAGCUGGCAGAGGACCUGAAGGUGCAGCUGGAGCACACGCAGGCCAAGCUGAAGGAGAUCCAGGUCUCUGUGGCUGAGAACCGCACCGCCCGGGAGAGGGAGAGCAGCAACCUGAAACGCGCACAGGAGGAUCUGUCGAGGCUGAGACGGAAGCUGGAGAAACAGAAGAAGGUGGAGGUGUACUCUGAUGCUGAUGAGAUCCUGCAGGAGGAGAUCAACCAGUACAAGGCCAAGCUGCGCUGCCCGUGCUGCAACACACGAGACAAGGAGACGGUGCUCACCAAGUGUUUCCACGUCUUCUGCUACGAAUGUUUGAAGAUGCGUUACGACACCCGACAGAGGAAAUGCCCCAAGUGCAACUGUGCCUUCGGAGCCAACGACUUUCACCGCAUCUACAUCACCUAAUUCACGGAGAGACAGAGGAGUGAGAAGAGAAAACAGUAGACAGAACCAAAGGAGAGAAUCGCAUAGAGAAAAGACAAAAUAACUGAAGAUUUAUUCAAAGAGGCAGACAUUUUGGGGAUAUCAGAUGAGUGUGUUCCCCCUUUUUAUUCUCUCUUUGGAAAGACUCGUUUUACUGCAUCAUUGCCAGUUGAUGAUUUAUUUGGUGACCAAACACAUAGUGACACAUCUGACUGAGAGUGUUGUGCUGUAGUUAAUAAACACAGUUGUUUGUGCACACAGUGAUAUUCUUACAUGUUGAGCUGCUCCUGCACUGUUUUUUUUCCUGUCCUUGUUCUUGCCAUGUUAAACAUCCUUUCUUUUAACAAACUGGGCCCAACUUUUAAGUAUGUUUCUUUGUUUUUUUUUUAAUGUAUUGAAAAACCUGGAACUGCAGUGGUUGGUCUUACUGAAGCAUUUCUUUGAGUGGUUUCGUCCUGCUGGCUUUUUGGAAAUCCCGUAAAAUCAGUGAAGCUGAAAUUUUACAUUUUAAAAA